AUGAAGCGCGUCACGCAGGCCAGCGUCACAGUUGGAGGACAGCAGAUCAGUGCCAUUGGGCAAGGCCUUUGUGUGUUGCUGGGCAUUUCUCUUGAAGAUACGCAGAAAGAAUUGGAGCACAUGGCCCGCAAGAUUUUAAACCUACGUGUGUUUGAAGAUGAGAGCGGGAAGCAGUGGUCAAAGAGUGUGAUGGACAAGCAGUAUGAGGUGCUUUGUGUCAGCCAGUUCACCCUCCAGUGCAUCCUCAAGGGGAACAAGCCAGACUUCCACCUGGCUAUGCCUACUGAACAGGCUGAGGGGUUUUAUGACAGCUUCCUGGAGCAGCUGCGGAAGGUAUACAGACCAGAGCUCAUAAAAGAUGGAAAGUUUGGUGCUUACAUGCAAGUUCACAUUCAGAAUGAUGGGCCUGUGACCAUCGAACUGGAAUCCCCAGCUGCCAGUGCCAGCACCUCUGAUCCGAAGCAGCUGUCAAAGCUUGAAAAGCAACAGCAGCGGAAAGAAAAGACCAGAACCAAGGGGCCUUCGGAGUCCAGCAAAGAGAGACCUACUCCUCGGAAAGAAGACUGCAGUGCCAGCAGCGGAGCGGAGGGGGACGUGUCCUCAGAGCGAGAGCCAUAGACGACACCGGAACCAGUAUGUUAUCAUUUGGAAAAAUGGAUCCUGAAAAAUUCUUGAAUCACAUUCAUUACCUACACUGCUUGAAGAAUUUGGAACUGAAACUCGAGGAAGAAGAUAGAAACAAGAUAUUGGAAACUUGAGUAGCCUUGCAAAAACCAGCAACCCAAGUGGAACACUACCAUUUUCUGUUAUUGCCGUGGUCCUGUAGAGGCGGAGGUGCUGUUGGUCGGAGGAGUGCACCCACUGUGUUUCUCCCAUCUUCAGAAAGCACAUUGUAGCAGGACAUUGUUGGGUCCUCCAGUAUCUCAGCUUGUUUUAGGAAUAGACUGGUCCAGCAUCAGUUGUCACCAAGUCCUCCGUUCACACUGUGGUAUGUUUCCACAUGUCUCUGCUGAAUCUCCCAUAUUCGUCUAGUCCACAGUCUUUGCAACAAUGGUUCAUAAUCCAGAGCCAAUGUGAAGGUAGUGAAGGGGAACAGUUGUCAAUGACAAUAUAUUAUAUGACACCUCUGGAUCUUGUAUAUUUGCUCUUUUUAAAAAUAAUAAUAAAAUCUCAAACCUCAUCCAA